UUUUUGAAUGCGAGGGGCAGGUUGGCAUCGGAUGACCGAUAGAUCGGAGAAACUUCAUGUGGAUUUUCGGCUACUGAGAAUUUAAUUUCUGCGCAAUUUCUUCAAGGGAUCUGGCAACCUUCGUUUUGGUGCUGUUGUAAACCAAAACCAAAAUGUCAUCCCUAAACUCUUCGGCUAAAAAAGAAGAAAAAACCAAGAAUAUUCAAGUGGUUGUACGAUGCCGGCCGCUUAGUUCAUCAGAACGCAAGUCAAAUGCCUCCAACGUGGUUGACUGUGACCCAGUCAGAAAAGAAGUUGCAGUGCGCAACUUUGCACUGGGAAUUGAAAAGAGUGCCAAAAGAUACACAUUUGACAUGGUGUUUGGACCCACAGCAAAGCAAAUUGAUGUCUACAAAAGUGUGGUAUACCCCAUCCUGGAUGAAGUAAUCAUGGGGUACAACUGUACUAUUUUUGCAUAUGGCCAAACUGGUACUGGGAAGACCUUUACAAUGGAAGGUGAAAGGUCGCAAAGUGAACAAUUCACCUGGGAAGAAGAUCCUUUGGCAGGCAUCAUUCCACGUACCCUGCAUCAGAUUUUUGAAAGACUGGCCGCUCAAGGCGCUGAGUUCUCUGUGAAAGUUUCUUUGUUGGAAAUCUAUAACGAGGAGCUUUUUGACCUUCUGAGCCCCUCAGCUGAUGUUGGUGAGAGGCUGCAAAUGUUUGACGACCCUCGUAAUAAGAGAGGAGUUAUAAUUAAAGGACUUGAAGAAAUUUCUGUCCAUAAUAAAGAUGAAGUUUAUCAGAUUCUGGAGAGGGGCGCAGCAAAGCGGACAACUGCAGCAACUUUGAUGAACGCAUACUCAAGUCGUUCGCAUUCAGUUUUUUCUGUUACAAUACAUAUGAAGGAGACUACCCUUGAUGGGGAAGAGCUAGUAAAAAUUGGAAAACUGAAUUUGGUGGAUCUUGCUGGGAGCGAAAAUAUUGGCCGUUCUGGAGCUGUGGAUAAACGAGCUCGUGAAGCUGGCAAUAUAAAUCAGUCAUUGCUUACUCUGGGAAGAGUAAUCACAGCGUUAGUUGAGAGAGCCCCUCAUAUACCAUACAGAGAAUCAAAACUUACCAGGAUUCUUCAGGACUCCCUUGGAGGACGGACUAAAACUUCAAUUAUUGCCACCAUUUCCCCUGCUUCCGUGAAUCUUGAAGAAACCAUGAGCACUCUGGAUUAUGCCUAUCGUGCAAAGAACAUCUUGAAUAAACCCGAAGUGAAUCAGAAACUCACCAAGAGGGCCUUGAUCAAGGAGUACACCGAGGAGAUUGAGAGACUAAAGCGGGAUCUUGCUGCAGCACGUGAAAAAAAUGGAGUAUUCAUGUCUGUAGAAAACUAUGAACUGAUGCAGAGUAAAGUGACCAUUCAGGAAGAGACGAUUAAUGACUAUGUAGAAAAGAUCACUGCUAUGGAGGAAGAAUUGAAACAGGUUAAAGAGCUAUUUCUGGAUGGCAAGAAAGAGUUUGAACAGUGUGUGUCUGAACUGCAACAGCGAGAGCAGGCACUCCAGGAGACUUGUCAAGAUUUGGAGCUGACCAGAGGAAAGCUGUCUGAGGAAGAAUUUGUCCGUGGUGCCCAUGCUCACACUGAACAAAAGCUCUACAGUACAGCCAAUGAGUUGUUGCAGGUGGUUGAAGUGAGUACAAAAGAUGUGUCUGGUCUUCAUGAUAAACUUGACCGUAAAACAAAUGUCGAAUUUCAUAACCAUAAGGUUCAGGAGGCCUUUCUAAACCAGAUGAAUGACCUGUUCACUGAAAUGCAGAGGAAGACUGAGAAAGCCCAUGUUAGGCAGUGGCAAAUGCUAGAUUUCUAUGCAAAGUCAGUAGGUGACCUCGUGGGUUCAAAUGCCCGUGCAUUAAAUUCUGUCAUGUCAUCAACGGCUGCUGCAUAUUCAGCGAUGAAGGCUGUGGUGUCUUCUGACAUAUCACAAGGUCUUCAGGAGUUGUUGAAACAAGAGAGUAUGACUGAGCAGUCACUAAAUUGCAUACAGAAGGCACUGGUCAACCACAAGCAAGAAGUGGAAAAGAAGUUCAAGCAGAAUUUAAAGCCCAUGAUUACCAGCAUAUUAGAACUGAAUAAGUGUCUCAAACUGAACUUUGAGACCUACUCUGGAAUGGCAAAGAAGAUGGAAGUUAUGAAAAUGGAAACCGAUGCAUUUUUUAGUCAACACAGCAAAAGUCUUAAACAGAUGCAAGAGAGCACUUGCAGUGCUCUGGGUGUAAUCCAAAAUGAGAAUGAGGAACUGAGGAAACAACUACAAAAGUCACAGGAAGACAUCAUUUCAAAUCUACAGACACAGUUUGAUCUGUUAGUUCAUCAAACUCAGAAGAGUUUUAAUAGUCUUCUAACUCAGAAUGGAAACGUACAACAUUCACUGAAUACGCUUCAGGAAAAUGUGCAUUUUCAAUCUGCAGAUGUUAUGGAUGGUGCUACAUCUCAACAAGGGAAUCUCGUCACUUCUUUAGACGGUUUUGUAAAUGAAAUCAAAAGUGCGGCCUGUGAGGGGAUAACGACUGCAGAUAAACUGAAUGUUGAGUGCCAGCAGCUUGGCUCCAACAUGCAAGUCCUUUACCAGGAAAGCAGCCAGUGGUGUGAAUCAACAGAGGGCACUGUUGACACGUUAAGUCAGGAUCAAGAAGCUUUCUUUGACAUUAACAAAAGGCAGCUGAGGAACUUGGUACAGACUAUGAAUGAGAAUUGUGACCCCCAUGUCACCAAGAUCACAGAAGAGUUGAAAGGACAGUGUGACACAGAGGAGUCAAUACUCUCCACCAUACUUCAACAAGUUAAUGAUGAUAAAGGGGAAAUGACACAAUGCUCAAAAGAAUUGACUGAACUAGAACAGGCAGGAUUAGAACAUGUUUUUAACUUUUUAAAAGAUGAGCUCCGACAGGACGUUCCCACAGGUACCACUCCAAAGCGGAGAAAUUAUCUAUAUCCACAAAUCCUCUCCAGAACAAAGCCACGCGAUAUCUUAAUUGCUCAGCACAAGAUCCAACAGCAGGAACUGCAGAGUUCUCUGGCUGCUGCCAUGUCCCUCCAAGAGGAAGUCAUUCCUGAGCAGGACACUGUGGAAAAUGAACAAAUGAGCACAAGUUAUGAAAGCUCUGCCAGUGAGAAGCUGAGUAGUGAGGAUUUCUGCUGUGGUGGUGGCGCCCCUUUCUUCCAGCACAAGAAAAGCCACAAAAAAGACAAGGAAAACAAACAUACUGCUAAUGUUGACCAGUCAAAGUCCAUGGAGGACAAUUCAAUAGCAAAAUCUAAAUUACCACUCCGGGUGUAUAAUUAAUAUUGCUACAUUUCUGUCAUUUUAAUUGCAUCUACAAAUCAAGAUUUGUUUUGUUCCUUUAAAUUUUGCUGUUUUAUUUUUCAAUGCUUUGAAAUACUAAUUUCUCUGUAUACUGUAUCACUCAGUCCUUGCCUCAUUGUUGUUCAAUCAAUAAAAUUUUCUUUCAAUGUUCUUUUCUGUUUAAGCAAUCUUCCUGCUCUCUGUCCCACUACAACUUCUGGGUUGUUUAAUUUUGUAACUGAAUACCAAUGGUUCUUUUUUGGGUAUGUACUUGAAGAAAUAAAUGCUCGAGUAUUCCAACAAUCUCCUGUGUAAAUGCAAUCAACUAUGCUUGGUGAAAUUUCACUGUUAUAGGUGUAAAUUUUAAACAGAAACAA